CACAUUUCGCAGAAAUUUCCAUAACGAAAUUCUUCUUAUAGGGGCACACGCACACAGGAGUCGAAGAGUAAGCAUAACUUAACAGCCUUUGCUUCGAUCCAACAAUUUAAGGUUUAUCCGUCGCCGCCACUGUUCAACGGUGAUCUUCUCCGGCGAAUUCUAACAUACACGGACUAUUAACUUCUGCAGGUGUGUAUCAAAAUGGACACAGAAGAACAUGAGUCUGAAUGGAAUGCAGCACAGAGUAUCUUUAUCAGUGAAGAUCUUUUGGCUGCUGCUAAGCUUCAGCUGCAAUUUCUUGCAGUUGUAGACAGAAACCGUUGGCUUUAUCAAGGCCAAACAUUGCAAUGGGCAAUCUAUAGGUACAAUGCUUUUUGGCUUCCAUUUAUUGCUAAACAUUCAGAGUCUAAAAUCACUUCAGGACCUUUAGUUGUUCCUCUUGAUUGUGAAUGGAUUUGGCAUUGUCACAGACUUAAUCCGAUUAGAUACAAAUCAGAUUGUGAAGAAUUCUAUGGAAAGAUUCUUGACAACUCUAAUGUUGUCUCUUCUAUUAAUCAAGAAACAUCAAGAAAGGAAACAGAAGAAACAUGGAACAAAUUAUACCCUAAUGAACCCUAUGAGUAUGACAUGUCACGUGCUUCCUCAACUGAAUUUUCAGAAUCUUUAUACAAUGGAAAAACUCAAAGCUUUUCAAAAUAUGAUUUUGUUUUAGCUGUUGAAAGACAAAGCCCAUUCUUUUACCAGGUGUCAAGGCCUCAUUUCAAGAAAGAUCUUUUCCUUCAAGAAGCUGUAGCAAGAUACAAAGGUUUUCUACAUCUCAUAAGGAGAAACAGGGAAAGAUCAUUGAAACGUUUUUGUGUUCCAACUUAUGAUGUUGAUUUAAUUUGGCAUACACACCAGUUACACCCUCUUUCCUAUUGUAAAGAUAUGGUGGAAUUGCUCGGGAAGAUUCUAGAACAUGAUGACACAGAUCAAAACAGAUCAAAAGGUCAGAAAUUAGACACAGGGUUUUCUGAUACAACAAAACAGUGGGAGGAAACAUUUGGGUUAAGAUAUUGGAGGGCAGGGGCAAUGUAUAGAGGUGGUGCUCCUUCUCCUAUCACCACCACUCCUUGCAUACCUGACCCCACCACCCCUACCCCUAGUGGUGAUGCUGACUCAGCAAAUGGGCUUCAAAGGUUGAUUCAUCUUCCUAAAAUAAAUUACAUCGAGAUUCUUUUAGAGUUUGUAGAAAUCAAGAACUUACCAGAAACAGAAAAGGGAAAAGUGAAUGUGGUUUUUAGUAAAUCACAUUCAGAUGGAAUUUUUAAUUCUAAAAAGAAACUCGUAAUACAAUCUGAAUCGGGUCAAAAACAGGUUGCUAUAUUUCAAUGUGAACCAAAUGGAUAUUUAUUGUUUGAACUUGUGUCCACAUCAAAAAAACCGAAUUCUUUAGGUUCUUGUUUUUUCUCUUUGGAAGAAUUUCAUGGGAAAGUUUCAGUGGAAAAAUGGUUGGAUUUGGAUUUGAAUUUGAAUUUGGUUGGAUCUGAACCGAUUCAGUUGAAAGUUGCAGCCUCGUGUACAUUUCCAAUUCUAGCCCCACAUGUGGUUCAGAUGUUGUUACAUUCUUCUUCUCCUUUUCAAAAAGGUUGUUGCUCUUUUCCAUGUGUGACACGAUUUCACAAGAAUUGGAUGUGGAUUGUGGAUGCAUAUGGUGAUGAGAUCAUUAGGCUUCAAUUCAGGGACAUGAAAAAAACAAAAGGUAGCGAGAUAGUUGGCUUCACAAGAGCAGAAGAAACACUUGUUGUAGGCCAAUUUCUAGGGCAAAAGUGGUCUCUCAUGGAUUCUUUAUGGUCUCUUACGUUUCCUGAAACAAAAGAUUCCCACUUCCUUCUCAUUGGCCCACACAUGGUGAAACUGGUUUAUGGUAGAAAGCUGGAUUAUGAACCGAAACACAAUAAUGAUAAACGAACAAAGGAAAAUGAUUUCAUGACAGCAGUCGAGUUCUCUGCCGAGUACCCAUACGGGAAAGCAGUAGCAAUGUUUGACCUAAAAUCUGGAGUUUUGAUGUUGCAAGAAGAGUGGUUUGCAUUGCCGGGAAUAUUGUCGGCAUUUAUCGUGUGUAAAGGAAGGACAUAAUGGUCUUUUAUUAUGACUUUUAGCGACAUGGAUGUACAGAAAAGAGUUUGAAACAAUAAGCAGUGGGGUACAUAAAGUUUGACCAAAAUUUGUUUGAAUUGUAUUUUCUAUUGUAAAUAACCUAAGUUUAAAACUAACUUGUGAAGAUCUACUUACUAGUAAUUAAAAAUAAAUCCAUAAAUAAUUUAACCAA